CACUUGUUGGCCGUACCCCCACCAUCAUCUCCAGCACAUAGCUCCUGCACCGUGUGUUAGUGUGUGUGAUGCAGCAAUGACACACUGACCAGACUGUGUGUGCUGAGCUUUGAACAGACCGAAUAAAACUGCAUGAGACGAUGAUGUGGCGGUGUGUGCUCCUGCUCUGUGCGGCUCUCUCUGUAGAGUCGUACACCGUCCACGAACUACACGACAGCUUGAUUCACGGUCGACAGCUGAAGAUCUACCUGCCAAAGAGCGUCGAUAAGCUUGAGUUCACGCCCGCUGAUGAGCCCAGUAAGACCUUCCUGUACUGGGAGAGGGGCCACACCAGGGUCUCCAGAGGCCGAGUGUCAGGGACAGGAACUGACCGCCGCUGGUACCUCGAGAAGGUGACCUAUGAGGACCAGGGGACGUACACACAGAGAGACUACUGGAACAAGGAGAUCUCCACUGUUAAAGUGGCCGUCACGCCGCGACGCAACUACCUGAAGUGUGUGGCAGGAGAGAGUCUGUACAUCCCUCUGGAGGGACUCGACCUCGCAGACAGCUUCCUGAAGUUCAGUGGGGCCGUCAAUGUCACUCUGGUGAGGGAGGGGGCUCGGGUCUCUCAGGACCUGCCAGACUACUGGGACCGUGUUCAGACUCACUCAAUGAAAAUCGAGAUUCUGAACGUGAACGUCAGCGAUGAAGGUCACUAUUAUCUGAGGGACCGCAGAGACCGGCUGGUGUCUGUCACCAGGAUGGACCUGACAGAUCGCCAUGAGUACUCAGAGGGGAACCCUCUCAUGGCUCUGCUGCUGCUGCUCGGGAUCCCUGCAGGGAUCUGCUGCUGCUGCCGCAAGAAGAUCUUCAAGCAGAAACAAAACACAGCAAACACGCUGCAGGCCGUCCCUGUCCAUCCCCCCCCUCCCGUUGGACCUGUCGGCCCUGUUGGUCCUGCUCCUCCCUACAGCUCUGGACCUCCAGGAGGGGUGUACUACCAUGGCCCUGACCCCAACAUGGGUCCUACAAUGUACCCCCCUCCUCAGCCUGUAAGUCCAGGACAGUGGCAAGGCCCCCCUCCCUCCCAGGGUUUUAACCCCGCCUACCCCCCUCAGAAUCCAGCCUACCCCCCUGCUGGUCCACAGUGGAACGGUCCGCCUCCGGGUAUGCACCCCCCAGGCCCUGGUGCUCCGAUGGGCUAUGCUCCAGCUCCAGUCAUGUACAGCUCUCCUCCACCAGAGGAGCUGAAGAUGAAGAAUAUGGCCUCCUCACCUGCAGACCCCCUGCUAACCAACGCAGCACAGGCUGACUCCGCCCACUCCCCUGAGGCUCCAGUGCCCCCUCCCUCUUCCUCCAGUGCUCUGCCGGCUGACGGGGCCGCCACUUUCCAGAUCCACGAUGGGAAAAACACCACCAACUUCCUGUAGAGACGCUGCAGACUGUGACAUCACAGACUGCGAUGUCCCCCCCUGUGGACACUCUGUGAUCACGUCAGGAUGCACAGUGGUGCAGGAGGAGCACGCCUCAGUGUUAAACCAUGCAGGGGGAGGGAUGCUUAGGAGGUGUUUGGUUAGCCUUGUUAUCCGCGUUAGCAUGUGGAAUAGAAAAUUGAUGAGUAGAUGUUUAACAGGUCCAGGAUCAGUUUAAUUAUAGUGUAAGACGAUUCAUUAACAUAAAUUGUUUUUUAAGUCAUUUUUACAGACUGCAGCCGUCAGCUUCUGUGAUCUUUGUAUGAAACUUUUUGCUUUUUAAAGAAGUAUGAGGUGUCAGGUUGAGUUUUUAAAGAAGCAUCUGUGUGUCUAACACACUCAGCUGAGUGACAAACUGUUUUGAACCUUUUAUAGGGACACUAUUUUAUCGUUUAUUUUUAACGUUUGGUCCAACAGAAUUACAAUAUCAACAAAAGGGAAGGACAACCAAAACUGACGAACAGACAUCUUAAUGCAGCCGUUUAAUUAUUAUGUAAUUAUUAUCUUUCUGCGUUCUCACAUCAGCUCACUAGGAAGUAAAGUCCGAGCUAAAAAUUUGGCUGUUUGCGUUCACACAUACAGCUCCUCCUGGAAAUAUCAGGAGAUUUUCAGGAGUUUUCUGCAUGUGUGAAAGCCCUGUAACAUUCACAUUCACUCCAUCAUUCGUUCACACAUUCGUCAUUCUACACACACCUAUACACACACACCUUCAAUCCUCCUCACAGCAUGUUAAUGACGUAUAUAUUGAUGUGUGGUCAGGUUUAAUCUGUCUAUAGUCAGUGAGAGCUCAUUAAUAACUGAACAUCACAGAAAAACUGAAGAGAACGACCUCAGGUUUGCUCGCAGGUCACAGUCAGACAAGACUCAGAAAAAAACAAAAAUGGCUGAAAUGCAGAACUGGAGGUUACUGUCACUUUACCUGCAUGUUCUUAUAUAUACACUCUAUUAUAAUGUACCUUCAUUUAUAGAUACAGUUUAUGAUCAUUUAUCCAUGUAUAAGUAUAUGCGCUCUGUCAGUCUAUAUCAGACUUUUUUCUUCUGUAGUCUAAAAAUGUAGGGAUUCAUGCUAACACGUCAGGUGUGUGUUCACCUGUGUGUGUCACAUGACAUUGCUGUGGAAUCAUUCCACCCUCAGUCAGAUCUAACCUUGAAGUGCUCUUUAAACACACUCCACACAAACAACACAGAACAGUAGCCCUUUAGACACAGAUUCUGCAAAAGCUCCAACCUUCUCCGCCCACACUCUGCCCUCAUGGCAUUCUGACUCUGCCUUCAUCCCGCCCUUAGUCUUCUCUCACUGUGCUCUCUCCACCAUUGUACGUUUACACUCCAUUGCCUAACAAGGUACUAGUUACUGGUGCCGCAGUUAACACAGCUAAAGGUUGUUUAAAAAACCCACGAUUGUUGGUCUAACAAAUAACGCGUCUUCAGACGUCACACGUUUGUUCAGCCCUGCCGGCUCUGAUGUGUUACAUUAAUCCAGUCUCACACCGUUACACCUCUGUUAUGACCUGUGUUACUACCUCUGAUGACCAUAUUCACGCCACCAUCACACCUCGGAGGAUCAGCCUCGAUCAGACUAAAAGGGCUACUGUUACACACUGUUAUACACACUUUUACACACUUGACUUUCUGCAGUGAUGAUCAGAGUUCUGCUGUUACCAUGGAAAUGUUGUCAUGUUAGAGCGACUCUGUUACCAUGGUUAUGUCACCAGGUUAAAGAGAAUCUUUUACUAUGGUGAUGGAGUCAUGUUUUAGAGAGUCUGUUACUAAGGUGAUGUAGUCAGGCUUAAAAGAUUCUGCUACCAUAGUGAUGUUAUCAGGUUAAAGAAAGUCUGUUACCAUGGUGAUGUAGUAAGGUUAGCGAGAGUCUGUUACCAUGCUGAUGUAGUUAGGUUAAAGACAGUAAGUUACCAUGCUGAUGUAGCCAGUCUCUGAUCUCUCCUCAGUGCGCCCCCUGGUGUUACAGCCAAGCUCUGAUCAUGCCUGUGUGUUAAACAGCAGCUACCUCAUGUUUGGAUUACAAACCUCCUCAUUGGUCACACCUGAGACAUAUCAGCCAAUCAAAGCAAGGCAGGCAGUAUUGCCUACUGUAGAUUUUUUUUUAUUAAAGCUGCUGAUCAGUGCCUCAGUCUGUAGAAACAUGAACACGUUCAGAGCUUCUGUUUCCGUUACCUGUGUGUUGUGAUGUGUACCUGUGUGUUUGUAACAAUCAUCUUCACGCUGAGCAGGUGAAGGUUAUGCUUUGAGCAGAGCUAAAUGCUCUGUGUUUCUCAACCUGUGGACUUUAUCCGCUUUGGGUUCCUACCGCUCAUUUAUCUCUUCAAACAGCAUCAAUAAAGCUUUUUAUUUUACACUCUGA